AUGCUCUCACCAUGAACCGCCACCGUCCGACCGCCGCGGCCCUCUCACGUGCCCUGUCACGUGCCUUCUCCGCCUCCGCCUCCGCCGCCGAGCCGUCAUCGGCGUCGGCGUCGUCGUUCCCUCAGAAGCUGGUGACGAGGUCGAACUUCGAGGCGGCGCUGGCCGAGCUGCGGCGCCACGUCAGGGCGGCGGAUUUCGUGGCCGUGGACCUCGAGAUGAGCGGCGUCACCAGCGCGCCGUGGCGCGAGUCACUCGGCUUCGACCGCUCCGACGUGCUCUACCUCAAGGUCAAGCACUCCGCCGAGAAGUUCGCCGUCAUUCAGUUCGGUGUUUGCCCCUUCCGCUGGGACUCUUCCAAGCAGACUUUCGUCGCUUAUCCGCACAAUUUCUACAUUUUUCCGCGUCAAGAACUUCCUACAAUCGACCGCUCCUCUUAUGAAUUUAUCUGGCAGACAGGAUCAAUUGAUUUCCUGGCUAGAUACCAAUUUGAUUUCAAUGCUUGCAUACGAGAAGGAAUAUCUUAUUUAUCCAGAAGGCAAGAAGAUGAAGCACUGAGACGUCUGAAUUCGGGGGAUGAAGACGAGUCAUCUGCAACAUGCUAUAACUCAAAAGAUGCUGGAGACAUACCAUUAGUCGCUAUGGCGGACAUUCUCUUUUCGGAAAGAAUGAAGAACAGAUUAAGUGAAUGGCAUGAUUGGUUAUUGCAGCCUCGAAAUAGAGAGUUCCAGUUUCAGGGCAGUUCAAAUGACUCCAAACAAAAAUUUCAAACCCUUUUUUUCAUGAUGUGGCCGGCUGUUAAUCUGAUUGGAUUCACUUCUCAUCAGCUUCGGUUGAUUCAGCUGGUCGUUAGAAAAAACUUCAAAGAUCUCACUUAUGUUCACGUGAAGGGUGACAAUGUUUUCUCACAACAUCUAGUGGUCUAUACAGAUUCUAAGGAUGACAGAGACUUACUCAUUAAAGAAGUGAAUAAUGAGCAUCGGAAACGAGCAGAGAAAAAGAUCCAAGCUGCUGUUGGGUUUCGCCAUGUUGUCGACCUCUUGUCCUCGGAACGGAAAUUGAUCGUCGGUCACAAUUGUUUCUUGGAUAUUGCUCAUGUAUACAACAAAUUUAUAGGCCCUCUUCCCUCAACAGCUGAAGAAUUUGUUUCCUCUGUUAGCAAGUACUUUCCUCACAUUAUUGACACCAAAAUCCUACUGAAUACUCAUCAAGUACUCCGACAAAGAAUGAAGAAAUCCAAGACAUCAUUAUCGUCAGCAUUCACCUUGUUAUGCCCGCAUAUCUCUCUUAGCUUUGCGGCACUUGAAUCCUAUGUUAAGGUGGAGGUUGAAGUGGAUGAUUUGAGGUCCUCCAGCUGGAAUUCCGGAGCCAAGCAUGAUGCGGGAUAUGAUGCUUUUAUGACGGGAUGCAUUUUUGCUCAGGCAUGCGGUUAUAUUGGCAUUGAUUUUAAACUCCAUUCACCCUCGGAAAGUUUAGCUGAGAAUGAAAAACUCCAGAAGCACAUCAACCUUCUGUAUCUCAGUUGGACUAAUGCAGACAUUAUUGAUCUAACGAAUGGUAAUAAGGUUACAGCGUCCGUGGAAUAUAGCCAGAAAAAGCGGUACUCAAAUGUUGUGUUUGAGAACGUUGUGUUAAUUUGGGGAUUUCCUUCCGAACUCAAGGCAAGGCACAUAAGAGAAUGCUUCUCAAAAACCUUUGGUGUGACCUCCGUUACUUUUGUCUACCAGAUGGAUCCAACUGCAGUUUUUGUUCAGUUUUCCAAAACCAAACUCGUCUCCGACUUUCUCAGUUUAAUGGAAACUCUGGAGAAAAAUAAUGAUCCAAUCUCGGUUUUGCAUCCUCUCAGCGAACUUUUAAAAGGCGGGAACACUCGUGCUGCUACUUAUGAAACUUACAAGCAAAUUUGCGGCACACCUAUUUCAAAAGUCUUAUUUGCAGAUCAGGCAGAGGCAUUCGGUGCUAAACGGAAGACCGACUUCGUGGAAUCUUCUAAGACAGCAAUGGAUACUCAAGAAGAUAAAAAUCCUGUCUCAGAAAACUCCGUUUUUGUAGAUUUAUUAUCGGCACCCUGGGGUGAGAAAGCGGCCCAGGCUGCUUCAAACUAUGCUGGCAAAACCAAGCCAGGGAUGAUUGACAAUUUGGAAAAUGAUUCAUUUCAUGGCUGCCUCUCCGGUGAUGAGAUUUUAAAUUCUGUUUAUGCUGCUGAAGAGACUCAGCUGGUCAGAACUAGUUAAGUUGUGAGUGACCCAGAUCAAUUAAACUCUUUUUUUUUUCCUUUUUUUUUUUUUUUUUUUUUUUGCAAUGAUAUUGGGAUCAAAAUUAUCUGUGUUCUACUGUUAUUUUUAUUUAAUUUUGUAUACGACAUUUAGGAAUGAACUACUAGGAACAAUAGAAGAAAUGAAAUUUGGAAUCUGUAUCGCAGAGAACCUUUUCGGCUGGAGCCAAAUGACAUUCUCUCUCAUCAAUACAUAGAGA